AUGUCAAAUAAUAUCAACAAUAGUGUUAUUGAUCGCAUUUCUUCUUGGGAAGUCGCCGCACCGGAUGAGACACACCCGACAGACUCCGUAGAGGACGCAUUUGAGUUGUUGGCACCCUCCGCGAAUGGACCUCUGGUGGCUCGACUGCUUCCCGUUCAGGAGCCCUCUGCUCUUUCUCGUUCUUGUACGAUCGACAUCUACCGGGAUAUGGGCAGUCUCAUACUUGGCCGGUCUAAAGAACUUGUGGUGGAGCACCGCGUGGAUGUGGCCCGCGUUUCUGGUCAACACUGUGAACUGCGCAUUAAUCCUCUUACGAAACAGGUAACUGUUCGCGAUCUUUCAACUAAUGGGACAUACAUUAAUGGAGUACGGAUUGAACGUGGGGUGGAUGUGGAGUUGCAGUCGGGAGAUCGUCUUUCUCUCACGAAGCCUACAGAGUCCACAGAUGUGGAUACUCCCAGUGCGGAGUAUGUUUUUCAGCGUGUUACUAAUGAAGUGGGAAUUGAAAAGAUGGAGCAAGAGCUUACUUGCUCUGUUUGUACCUUUAUCUAUCUGCGUCCAUGCAGUUUACUCCCUUGUAUGCAUGUGUUCUGUGCUUCCUGUAUCAGCAAAUGGUUGGCGGAGGGAAACUCAACAUGUAUGGAAUGCCGUGCCAAAGUGUUUGAAGUGCGUCCUACGCAUAAACUUCAAAACUGCGUGGAACAAUUCUUAAACGGCAACCCACACCUUAAACGUACCCCCGAAGAAGAAGCAGCGUGUGUGGCUUUUGACGAUAUACCACCCAGUGGAAAAAUACUGAGGAAACGUCUACGUGAUGCUGACAUGGAUGAUAAUGAUAAUGAUGAUGAUGAUAACCACAGCAGUAAUAGUGGUGAACAUGAUGAUAGUGAUUCUGAUGGCAACAAUCAGUCUUUAUUGGCUCCUAUACAUUACCGAAGAAACACGUAUGGUCAUUUCCGUCCUACUGGGCCAUGCCGUCACUGCGAGGCCCCUUCUACUGUAGAUGGCUACUCUUGUCCAGAAGGUGGAUUACAUCACUCAUGCGUAAAUUGUCAGCGGCUUUUCCCACAAAGGCCACUCUGCAGCCGUCCACAAUGCUGCCAACUCUGUAAUAUUCCCCACUGCAAUCUCUACUACGAAGAAGAGGGCGGUUGUCCAUGCGGCAGCAGUGGCGGACUCACACGUCUUCGUCAGUACUGUCCCCCCUCUACAUUGCCUCAGAAAACAUUUGGAGGAAAUAUGAUUGAACAAAGUAUUCUCUCUAGAUAUCUAAGUUCCAAAAAUAUCAGCAUUGAGGCAGUCUGGAAAGAGUGCAUGUCAAAAAUGCAAUCUAACGAUUGGAUUCCCGAUAUCACUUGCGUGAAUGAUCAACUGACAGCAGACUCCGCACUGUGUGAAGGGUGUAUGGAAACUGUAUUUGCAUCGCUCUUAUUUCAUUACCGACGGGCUAUUCCCAGCAGCGAUCUUCCUGAGAGUGUUACACAAAGACCAAAUUGUUGGUAUGGGGUUAAUUGUCGAACUCAGUUCCACAAUACAAAACACGCGAAUAGUUAUAACCAUGUCUGCUAUCAGGAGAAACGAAAGGAAUAG